GCAGAAAGCAACAAGCUUUUAAACUUUAAAAAGACAGGUCCAAGUGCCUGUCCUUUAGACUUGCUCCUUUUAGUUUUCAAGAACUGCCUGGAACUUGGGAUUUUUUUUCCAUUUUGGAUCUGCAAGGUAACCACUUUUGAGCAUGGGUGACUGGAGUGCCUUAGGAAGACUUCUUGACAAAGUUCAAGCCUAUUCCACUGCAGGAGGGAAGGUGUGGCUGUCUGUCCUAUUCAUAUUUCGAAUCCUUUUAUUAGGGACAGCAGUGGAGUCAGCCUGGGGCGAUGAACAAUCAGCAUUUGUCUGCAAUACUCAGCAACCAGGUUGUGAGAAUGUUUGCUAUGAUAAGUCAUUCCCUAUAUCUCAUGUGCGUUUCUGGGUACUUCAGAUCAUAUUUGUCUCAACACCGACCCUGCUUUAUUUAGCCCACGUUUUUUACUUGAUGAGAAAAGAAGAGAAGCUGAACAGGAAAGAAGAAGAACUUAAAAUGGUUCAGAACGAAGGUGGUAAUGUAGACAUGCACCUUAAACAAAUCGAAAUAAAGAAAUUCAAAUAUGGCCUUGAAGAGCAUGGAAAAGUCAAGAUGCGAGGUGGACUGCUUCGCACCUACAUCAUCAGCAUUUUGUUUAAAUCAGUAUUUGAAGUUGGCUUCAUUAUCAUUCAAUGGUACAUGUAUGGGUUUAGCUUAAGUGCCAUCUAUACAUGCAAAAGAGAUCCCUGCCCACAUCAAGUGGACUGUUUUCUUUCUCGACCCACAGAGAAAACCAUUUUUAUCUGGUUUAUGUUGAUCGUAUCUAUAGUUUCUCUUGCCCUAAAUAUCAUCGAGUUAUUCUAUGUCACCUACAAAAGUAUCAAAGAUGGCAUCAAAGGGAAAAAAGACCCAUUUUCUGCAACAAAUGAUGCUGUGAUUUCUGGAAAGGAAUGUGGCUCCCCUAAAUAUGCCUAUUUUAAUGGCUGUUCUUCUCCAACAGCUCCCAUGUCUCCACCUGGUUACAAGCUUGUUACUGGAGAAAGAAAUCCUUCUUCCUGCCGCAAUUAUAACAAGCAAGCAAGUGAACAAAAUUGGGCAAAUUACAGUGCAGAACAAAACAGGAUGGGACAGGCUGGAAGCACAAUUUCUAACACUCAUGCACAGCCAUUUGAUUUUUCUGAUGAACAUCAGAAUACUAAGAAAAUGGCACCAGGACAUGAAAUGCAGCCACUGACUAUAUUGGACCAAAGACCAUCUAGUAGAGCAAGCAGUCAUGCUAGUAGCAGACCACGACCUGAUGAUUUAGAGAUCUAGUCAACGUUGAUGAAUUACCAGAAGGCACAUUUUAAGAGUGGAAUUGGUACUAAAUUCUCUCAAAUGAGAUUUAACAAACAUUUUUGAUGUACUUUGAUAUGGCGAGGGAGAAUCGCUUUGAUAUUUAAGUAGCUCAUACAAAUUUUUACAGUCUUAAAUGACUCGUACAAUAUUUCUUUAGAAUGUAUAUCUAAGACAACUUAUGUGUUUUCAGUUUGCCCAAAAAGUGAAAUAUUUGGGUGAGCAAUGUUGUUUUAUGACUGAGCAAUUAAUGUCAGCCUACUAUGUAUAAGACGAGAGAUUUCUUACAGUGAUUUUAGAAAUUAACUUAAAUAAUUGUUUGACUGUUAGGAAACUUUUACAACAAUUCUGGAGAAAGACACCUGGAUGUUUUCUCAAUAUGACUAGCAUUUUUUACUUGCCCCAUUUCUUCUUCUGUUUAAGAAAAUUGUGCUUAUGUAAAUAAAUUGUUCGCUCACGUGCCUUAUUAAAAAUGACCUAAAAGCAACAUUAAGAUUCCACAAUGGGCCUAUUGCAUCAUUUCUAAAUUGCCCAAACAUUUAAUUGUGGAUGUCAAAUCCCAAAUACUACAGUGACUCAAAAUGUAAAAAUAGUUGACCACUUCCAUGAGCCUUGAGAGUCUUAGAGUCUUCUUUCCCACCAGACCCAGGAUCUUCAGGAUCUUGGGACCUCUAGAACAUUCCAACAACAUCAUUAUUUGUGUGAGACUUUUAUUAAGUAUUGCAGAACCUUUUAUAUUAAUCUCUAAUAUUUUCCCUCUGUCUAUUUGUGAAAUAAUUUUAAAGUAAAGGCACCUUAAAUGUGAAAAUAUCAAUUUCAUUACUGAAGUAAGACAUUAGUGCCUGGUAAACUAUUUGGUAACCCAGCUGGUAGAAGCACCCUUUGAAUUACUUCCUUUUUUGCUGGUGCAAUAUUAAAUAAUAUUUUAAGAUAUUGUAUGUAUAUGUGUUAAGGCUUGGGGUUGCUUGAAGCUUGGUUGUCUAAUGUGGCAUGCGAUGUGGGUCUGACAAAAGAAUCAUCAUUGUGAGUAUGCAGCCAGUCAGGAAAAGAUGUUAGUGAAAGGCAUAUGUCUCAUAAAAUGCCUUAUAGUAUAGCCAUGUUCUAGUGGUGUCCUGAGUCAUGAAGCAUGAUAAAGCCUAUAAAUCACAUGCUUCUGUGGCUAUUUUCUGGGAAGAUACUAAUGUAAAUGUGUAGUUCAAGGAACUGAGGUAAAUAUUUCUGGAAUAACGUUCAGGGAAUUUUGCCAGCCACUUAUUAUAUCUUUUAUUUUUGUAAUAAAUUAAGAGCCCAGAAUGUUGUAUGCAUUUUUAUCUAAAGGAAAUAUGUUUCAAAAUGUUGCUGAAGUAACAGUGACGUAAUAGUGCAUCUGAUAAACGAGUUGUAUAAAAAGAUAAUGAAGAGGUACGUUAUAUGUCAGAGGUGAAUGCUUCUUUAGUAAAACAAUGAACCAAUAUUAUGUGUUUACAAAUUCCUUAUGUGCAGUUUAAGCACAGUUAAAAAUAGUUAUUCCUUAUCCAAAAUCUUUUCCCCCUGUGUCCUAUUUUCGAUGCAAUAACUCAGCUAAGGAUAUAUCUGAACUUUUUAUGUGUUUUUUUAUAGUGUGAGGAAGGCUUUUCUAGCAUGAAUGGAUUAAUUUCAUUAAUGUGUAAUCAUUGAAUGAUUGUGCAUGUAGUACUGUAAACAGAUUUAAUGUGGUUAUUUUUUUUUUAAAUGUAACUAAAAAAUGUUUAGAGCUGGAACAUGAUUUAAAUGUUGCUGCAUGGGUCUUGGAUUCUGUUGGCCCAUUAUUGUGAAUUAUGUUAUAAUUGUGUACUGUAAACUAGAUUUCAUUAUUCUGAAGAGAUUAAUUUUGUACAUUUAAUUGUGGUUUGGUUAUUCCAACUCUUAAAAUGUUUGCACUUGGGAUUUUGUUGUUUGGAAUGCAAGGGAGUCUGGAAUAAGACUUGUUCCAUGAUAUACUUUAGAAGCAAUUUAUUUUUAUAACCACAUCUGCUUAACACCUCUACCUUUUAGAUACCAGGUUCUUGCUUAGGUAGAGCUGAAAAGGCAUUUGCCCCAGAGCCCCAAAUCAGGGUGGGGUAAAAUGCUAAAUUAAUUUGUGGUGGCAAAAUGCAGAUUAAAUACAAAUUACAUAGUAUAAUGGGUAACACUUUUUAGAUAUUGUCUCUACAUAAAUCACAGAUGUCAAUCAUUCAGUGCUUUAGGUGUUGUUAAACUGUGAUUCACAGAAUAUGGAGGGAGUUGUAGCCCAACAUUAAAAACAGUUUCUAAAUAGUCAACCUUGAUUUAUGUAAUGUAUAGCCCCUUCAGAGAAGGGUCCUAGUCUUCUUGCAUUUCCAGGGCCCAUCUUUUUUACCACCAGCCCUAAGUGAUACUGCCUUCCUUUGUCUCUAUGCAUUCUAUCAAGAAAUGGAUUGUAGGACUUCUAUACAAUAGAAGAUAAUUCAUUUUGUACCAUACUCAUAAUUAAUGAUUUUUUUUUUUUUUUUAUAAACUACUGUUAUGUUCAGCUUCAUUGCAUGUAUGCAGUCAUGGUUCAUUAGCACAUGGUUUCCAGAGUACUUUUCUCUAGACAAUAAAGUUUUACUUUUAGUAAA